CUUCCGGCCGGUGGACUACAGUAAAUGCUCAGAAGAGGGAAAAAGGGAUUGCGAAGCAGUUGAAGACCUGCAGAAGCCAUGGUUAAAGCUAGCUGACUGAAUGGGGAAGCCUAUGGCCAGCCUACUGCGGUACGAAAUUUCGUCGAACCACACGGGACAGCUAAAGGCUGUUCCAUGUCUAUAUUUGGUGCUUGCUUUUAACUUCCGUGCGACUGGUAGUAGAAUGGUUGAAAGAGGGCUAUGUCCAGAUUUGUGCUUGAGUUUAUGGCUGGCGUUCGAG